AUGCUGUUUGUCCACGGAAAGUUCAUCACCGUGGGCAUCCCAGACGCCAACAAUCCGUUGCCUCCAAUACAUCCCUUCCAACUCGCCUCCAACGGCUGCCUCCUCGGCGGCAGCAAGGUAGGAAGUAAGAAGGAGUGCUUGGAAAUGUUGGAGUUGGCGAGGGCAAAGAAAGUGAAACCGUGGAUUGAGGAGCUGCCCAUGAAGGACGUCAAAAAGGCCCUUGAAGGAGUGAAGCACAACAAGGUGCGCUAUCGUUACGUGUUGACUCAGGAUAUCAAUUAG